AUGGGGUCAGUGCUAGAGAACCACGUUGAACUCAUAAAUGAUAUGAUAAGUAACGGAGCAACUUAUUCUGAUGUUUCCAAUGCCUUGACGGCUAUUGGAAUAAAUAGAGGCCAGUCAGUAUCCAGCAUCAAGAAGUUUCUUGGCAGCCGCAAGCUGGUAACGAGGGGGCAAUUGUCGAAUGAUUCUUUGGAGUUGGCAGUGGCCAGUGCGAUUCAAGAGACAGGACCGACGUUUGGACGAAAAAUGAUGACAGGUUACCUGGCCUCAAAGGGUCUCCAUGCUUCAGAGCGCCGCGUGGGAGCAGCACUGAGGCUUGUCAAUCAACCUUACCACCAAGCUCGUUUUCAGGGUGCACGAAACCUGAACCCAGUUCCGUACAAUGCUGAAUAUUUUGGUCACAAAAUGCACAUGGACCAAAAUGAAAAACUUGUGAUGUUUGGGGUUACACAUGUGAUUGCAGUUGAUGGAUACAGUUUCAGAGUCGUGGGUCAUGCAACCAUGCCUAUCAAAAACAACCUCACCAUCUAUGAGGAGGUUUUCAGACCAGCUGUUCUUUCUAAUGGAAUGUGGGAUCAAGUACGUGUAGACUGUGGGAAAGAGUUUUAUUUAUGUCUGUUUAUGCAAGAGAUCCUAUCACCAUACAGAUAUAAUACAGGAAGGGAGCCAUACAAGCAAACACCUUCAACAAGUAACCACAGAAUUGAGCGUAUCUGGCCUGAGAUAAACAACCGGGUUAAUUACCCAAUUAAGGAAGCCUUGAUUCAGCUGACUGACCAAGAAAUGAUAGACAUAGAAGACAAUACCACUCGCUACUGUGUAUCAAAUCUUGCCUGCCAGAUGGCCAGUGUUGGUGUAAAAAGAGUAGUGGACUCAUGGAAUGCCCACAGAAUUCCAGGGAAAGGUGUUCCAAAUGUUUUGGGGGAAGGUGGUUGUUUUAAAAAGAUACAUGAAGAUUUGCUACCCAAUUCCACAGUCGCAGCAAACAUGUACUUACAAGAAAUGGGAUCUGCGCUCACCACACCAACAACAUAUGGCGUCUGCCCUUUCCAAACAGAAGAGGAAUGUACAUAUGCAGAGCAAUACUUUAAUGAGCAGUUUUCUGACCUGUCCAUUCUGUACAACGAUGUAAUUAACAACAAUUACAGAGUUUUCCAGGAAGCAGUUAUGUCCCUUAUCAAUAUUACUCACAGAUAUUCCAAUCAUUAAAGCAGGUCUGUGUA